UGGCAACGUUGUAGGCUGUAGGAUCUCACGUGUGUUCAUUCCAAACGCGGCUUGUUUUGAAUGAACCAUAUAAACUAACCUCUACCAGAAUUUAUCUAUAAUUGCUAUUAAAUAAAAUAAACACGUUGACUUCUUUGACAUCCGUUAUCUCAGUGUACUCGAAAAAUUCACGCGUAGUCUAAUGAAAUUACUUAGGAGUAGACAGUUAAAGAAAAGUGAGUUCUCCUAAAAUAGCAUCAUGGGCGGAAAGUACUCCAAAUUGGACCCCAUGGAUAUUGUGGUUCCUGAUAUUAAAAACCUACUAGACAGAGACUCCUAUUUAAAACCUUACGAAAAAGAAAUCAGACGUCGUUAUGGAUGUCUCAAAGACCAAAUUGAUAUGAUAGAAGAAAAUGGAGGUGGACUGGACAAUUUUACUAAAGCUUACAAAUACUAUGGAAUGAAUGUUCAACCAGAUAACUCCAUAAUCUGCAGAGAAUGGGCCCCUGGCGCCAAACAAAUCUACCUAACCGGAGAUUUCAAUGGUUGGAAUCGUGAAAGUCACCCCUACAAAAAGUUGGAUUAUGGAAAAUGGGAGUUAAUUUUACCCCCAAAACCUGAUGGUUCCUGCAUGGUUCCGCAUUUAUCGGAAGUCAAGGUCGUGAUUGAAAACCACCAUGGUCACAAAUUGGAUAAACUAUCGCCAUAUGCCACAUAUGUGGUAGAACCACCAAAAGACCAAGGAACCAUAUACAAACAAAAAAUGUGGAACCCUCCUCAAUCAGAGAGGUACUUGUUCAAACAUCCAAAAACGCCAAGGCCAAAAAGCCUUCGUAUAUACGAGUGCCACGUGGGUAUUGCAACAUCCGAGUUAAAAGUUGGUGAUUAUGACAACUUCACUGACAAUAUCCUGCCCAGAAUAGUCAAACAAGGCUACAACGCAAUCCAACUGAUGGCAAUCAUGGAGCAUGCGUACUACGCCAGUUUCGGUUAUCAAGUAACCAGCUUCUACGCUGCAUCCAGUCGCUAUGGCAACCCAGAACAGCUUAAACGACUUGUCGAUAGGGCUCACGAAUUGGGUUUGGUGGUCUUAUUGGAUUUGGUGCACUCGCACGCCAGUAAGAAUGUUAUGGACGGUCUCAAUGAGUUCGACGGUACCGAUUCUGGAUUUUUCCAUGCUGGCUCCAGGGGUGUGCACUCUCUAUGGGAUUCUAGGUUGUUCAACUACCAGGAGUACGAGGUUUUGAGGUUUUUGCUCUCCAACAUCCGUUGGUAUUUGGAGGAGUACCAAUUUGAUGGGUUCAGAUUCGACGGGGUUACUUCAAUGCUUUAUCACUCGAGAGGUAUUGGACAAGGUUUCAGCGGGUCUUAUGAUGAUUAUUACAACAUGAAUGUGGACACUGAUGGUGUUGUGUAUUUAAUGUUGGCCAACCACGUUAUUCACACUCUGCACAAAGACGCCAUCACCAUUGCUGAAGAUGUGUCUGGUAUGCCAGGCACAUGCAGACCACUACAAGAGGGCGGAAUAGGCUUUGAUUACCGCCUCGCCAUGGCCAUACCGGACAAGUGGAUCGAGUUGUUGAAGCACAAAUCCGAUGAAAAUUGGGAUAUCGGCAACAUUGUGCAUACUCUAUCGAAUAGGCGUUGGAUGGAGCCCAACGUAGCCUAUGCUGAAUCUCACGAUCAGGCUUUGGUGGGCGAUAAAACAAUCGCUUUCUGGCUCAUGGAUAAGGAAAUGUACACCCACAUGAGCACGAUGUCACCACCAUCCGCCAUCGUGGAUCGUGGUAUCUCCCUACACAAACUAAUCAGAUUCAUUACCCAUGGUCUAGGUGGUGAAGCAUAUCUGAACUUCAUUGGCAACGAAUUUGGCCAUCCCGAAUGGUUAGAUUUUCCCAGAGAAGGCAACCAAAGUUCCUAUCAUUACGCCAGAAGGCAAUGGAAUCUAGUCGAUGAUGACUUACUCAAGUACAAAUAUUUAAACAACUGGGAUGCCGCCAUGAACCAUGCAGAACAAAAAUAUGGCUGGUUACAUUCAGCACCCGGUUAUGUAAGCUGGAAACAUGAGUCUGACAAAGUUAUUGCAUUUGAACGAGGCAACUGCCUAUUUGUUUUCAACUUCCACCCCACACAAAGUUUCCCUGAUUACACCUUGGGCAUUGAAUUUGGAGGCGAGUUUAGAAUUGUUCUGUGCUCAGAUGAUGAACAGUUUGGAGGGCAUAAAAGAGUUGACACCUCAAUUCCAAUAUUCACCAAACCUGAAGAAUAUGCCUGCAGAAGGAAUCGCUUACAGGUUUAUAUACCUUCAAGGACUGCAUUGCUUUUAGCCAAAGUUUAAGAAUGUUAAUUUGCAUUCUUAUUUAUCAAGAUAAAAAGUAGAUAGAUUUUUACUACUGUAAAUAAUAAUCAAAAUAUAUUUUUGUUAAAGUUCGAGAUUAAUGUUUUGUUAAUUUAUAAAAAAUAAAAGUUUAAAAGUAA